AUGGAUUCUCAUGAACUACAACAACCACAUCCUCGCCCACACCACCUUCAAUUGGAAAAUGUUGUAUUAGAUAGUCCAAAUCCAGUCACAAACACUGUUCCGCUCGCCAUGAUGGAACCGACCAUUUUCCCUCAACUCAACAUGAACACUAACCAACCCCCACAUUUUGAGCCUUUCAACAACAACAUUGUUCCUUCUACCCUGAAACAAUGUGUGGGUGCUUCCUCUGGAUCUGGUUCAAUUCAGAAAAAAAGGGGUCGGCCGAGGGAGUAUUUUCUUGAUGGAUACAUUGCUUCAAUUGCAAAAAGGAGUACUAGGGGAAGAGGAAGACCUCAUGGAUCUUUGAACAAGAAGAAGAAAGUUGAAGCACCUGGAGUUACUGGAACUGAUUUCUCUCAACAUGUGAUCACUGUGAACCCUGGUGAUGACAUUGUUGCGAAACUUAAGACAUGUUGUCAAGGAGGACCUAAUACAGAGAUGUGCAUUCUUUCUGCUCAUGGUUUAGUUGGCACUGUCGCACUUCAUCAACCUGGAAGAAUUUUUAUUUGUGAGGGUCAAUUUGAGAUUUUAUCUCUCUCAGGAAUGUUAGAAGUAUUUGACAACAAUAAUGGCUUUAAGAGAAUGAAUUACUUUACGGUGUCUCUAGUGGAACCUAAUUCAAAUGUUUUUGGAGGUGUAGUUGAUAAGCUUAUUGCUGCAUCAUUGGUAAAGGUCAAAGUGGCUUGUUUUACUUUGGAUGACAAAAAUGGUAGCUCGAGUAACCUGAAUUUGGGGCCUUCUUCAAUACCAAUAUCCCAAUUUGCUGCUUUUGGGACUCCAACUAGUGCUACCACUCAAGGUCCUUCAUCUAUCUCCCUUAGCAACAAUGAGAACAUUCCUUUGGGUUUAGGGCAUGGAAUCUACGGUAAUGAUAGUCAACCGAUUCCUACUUUGUCGAUGUACCAACAAACAUUGGCUCGCCAAACCCAACAGUGA